AUGGCCACGGCGGGGGCGCGGGCCGCUCUGCUGACCCUCCUGCAGCUCGCCGGCCUGGCCGCUGCCCCGGGGCUGCACCAAGAUGGGGCCCUCCCAGGGGAGCCCCCUGAGCUUGCUGAGCCCGUUGAACCCCAACAGGCCUACUACUCCCGGGAGCUGUGGCGCCCCCUUGUGGAGCGGCUGGGAAGGCUGGAGGCUGAAGUAAAGGAGCUGAGUGCACAGAACCUGGAGCUGCAGGCUCGGCUGCGGCGGCUGGAGGCCUGUGAAUGCCGCCCGGCUGCCCCGCCCUGCUGGCACGGGGGGCGCGCCUGGCCCGAGGGUGCGCGCUGGGAGCCCGACCCCUGCGCCGUGUGCGUGUGCCGCGAGGGCGCCGCGCGCUGCGAGCCGCAGGCCGCCCUGCCGCACUGCCGGGGCUGCAGCUACGGUGGCCAGACCUAUCAGCAUGGGGAGACCUUCUCCCCUGACGGCUGCACCACCUGCCGCUGCCUGGAGGGAGCCGUCACGUGCACCGGGACGCCGUGCCCCAGAGACCCCUGCCCCGAGCCUGGCACCUGCUGCCCGCACUGUGAGCCAGACUGCCCUGGAGGCCACAGGGCUGGGGAAACGUGGCACCAGGAACCGUGUGUCAUUUGCACCUGCCAGGCAGGGACUGUGCAGUGCGGGGGCCCCCCCUGCCCAGAGCUCAGCUGCCUGGAGAGCUACACGCCCCCUGGAGAGUGCUGCCCCGUGUGCCGGCCAGGCUGUGAGUACGAGGGGCAACUCCACGAGGAAGGGGCCAGCUUCUGGUCAGGCUCCAACCCUUGCCUCCAGUGCUCUUGCCUGAAGAGCCGGGUUCACUGUGUGCCCGUGACGUGCCCGCCCAGCGCCUGCUCCGAGCCCGUCCUGAAGCCUGGGCACUGCUGCCCGACCUGCCCAGCCCCAGGCUGCUCACAGGGUGACUCACACGUGGAGCAUGGCCAAGAGUGGACUGUUCCUGGGGACCCCUGCCAGAUCUGCCGGUGCCUGGAGGGCCAAGUCCAGUGUGGCCAGCGGGAGUGUGCCAGCCUCUGUCCCUACCCUGCCCGGCCCCUGCCUGGCACCUGCUGCCCGGUGUGUGACGGCUGCUUCCUGAACGGGCGAGAGUACCACAGCGGGGAGACGGUGGGCUCGGGGGAGCCCUGCUCGCACUGCCGCUGUGCCAACGGGAGUGUCCAGUGCCAGCCCCUUCCUUGCCCACCCGUGGCCUGCAGACACCCGGGCAGGGUCUCAGGGCAGUGCUGCCCGGGCUGUGACGGCUGUGAGUUCCAGGGCCUGCAGUACGGGAGCGGGGAGACCUUCCACCUCCAGGAACAGGGCCGCUGCAUCCAAUGCUCCUGCCAGGCCGGCGAGGUCUCUUGUGAGGAGCAGGACUGCCCGGUCGCCCCCUGCACCCCAUCUGACUCUGGCCUCCCUCUCUGCCAAGCCUGCGUGCUUGAUGGAGAGGAGUUUCCGGAGGGGGUGCAGUGGGAACCCCAUGGCCAGCCCUGCACCACCUGCUCCUGCCGUGAUGGGGUGCCCUCGUGUGGGGCUGUGCUCUGCACCCCCCCAGCCUGCGAGCACCCCGCCCAGCCCGCUGGUGCCUGCUGCCCCAUCUGUGACAGCUGCGCCUACAGUGGCCACGUCUUUGCCAACGGGCAGGACUUCCAGGACAUGGACCGCCCGUGCCACACCUGUCGCUGCCAGGAUGGGACCGUGCGCUGCUCUCCACUCCCCUGCCCGCCCACCACCUGCACCACGCCCGAGGUCACCCCCGGUCAGUGCUGCCCCCGCUGCCCAGAUUGCGUCCUGGAGCAGCAGGUGUUUGUGGACGGCCAGAGCUUCUCACACCCCCGAGACCCCUGCCAGGAAUGCCAGUGUCGGGAUGGCGAGGCCCGCUGCCAGCCCCGGGCCUGCCCCCGCGCCCUCUGCGCCCACCCGCUGCCGGGCCUCUGUUGCCAGAAUGACUGCGAGGGCUGCGCCUUCGGUGGCAAAGAGUACCCCAACGGGGCAGACUUCCCGCAUCCCUCGGACCCCUGCCGCCUGUGCCACUGUCUGAGUGGACACGUGCAGUGCCUGGCCCGCCGCUGCCCACCCCUGUCCUGUGCGGAGCCUCUCUUGCAGCCCGGGGAGUGCUGCCCGCAGUGCCCGGCUGCCCUCUCCAGCUGCCCACUGCCAGGGGACACAGGGACGCUCCCCCACCAGGAGUCCUUCUCCCCACCGGGGGACCCCUGCCGCCGCUGUGUGUGCCUCCACGGCUCCAUGUCCUGCCAGCCGCUGCCCUGCCCGCCUGCCAUCUGCACCCACCCGCGCCCCGGGCCCUGCUGCCCCUCCUGCCAGGGCUGCCUCUAUGAGGGGAAGGAGUUUGCCAGCGGGGAGCGCUUCCCUUCGCCCACUGCCGCGUGCCAUGACUGCCUAUGCUGGGAGGGCAGCGUCAGCUGUGCACCCCGAGUCUGUGCCCCCGCGCCCUGCCCUUUCCCUGCCAGGGGCGACUGCUGCCCGGCCUGCAAUGGCUGUGAGUAUCUCGGGGAGUCCUACCUGAACCACCAGGACUUCCCGGACCCCCGUCAGCCCUGCGGGGCCUGCAGCUGUCUCGAGGGCUUCAUCACCUGCACCCGCCGGCCCUGUGAGCCCCCGGCCUGCAGCCACCCACUCACCCCGCCGGGCCUCUGCUGCCCCACGUGCCAGGGAUGCCUCUACCACGGCAUCUCGGUCGGGCCCGGAGAGACCAUCGCUGACCCUCUGGACCCCGCCUGCUCGCUCUGCAGCUGCCAGGAAGGGUCCAUACGCUGCCAGAGGAAGCCGUGCCCGCCAGCGCUGUGCCCGCAGCCGUCUCCAGGCCCCUGUCUCUGCCCCGUCUGCCACAACUGUGUAUCCCAGGGCCGGGAGCACCUGGACGGGGAGGAGUUUGAGGGGCCGCCUGGCAGCUGUGAGAGCUGUCGCUGUGAGGCCGGCCAGGUCAGCUGCACGCGGCUGCGGUGCCCGCGCCUGUCCUGUCCACUGCAGGUCACCGAGCUGGGGAGCUGCUGCCCGCGCUGCCGAGGCUGCGUAGCUGACGGGGAGGAGCACCCUGAAGGCAGCACCUGGGUGCCCCCCAACCGCCCCUGCUCCUCCUGCCUGUGUCACGAUGGCGUGGCCACCUGUGCCCCCGUCCAGUGUGUCAGCACCUGCGCCCGGCCGCACCGGGACCCGGGAGACUGCUGUCCCCGCUGCCCCGGCACUGCUGCCAGCCCGGAGGUCCCCCAGGCCGCUGCCACGGGCACCCGAGGCUGUGAGCACGGUGGGCGCCUAUGGGAGCCUGGGGACACCUUCCAGCCCGGGUCGGACCCCUGCGAAGUGUGCGUGUGUGAGCUGCCGCCCGGGAGCCCCCCCAGCCUUCGCUGCCGGCGGCACCAGUGUCCCAGCCUGGUGGGCUGCACCCCCGACCACCUCCUGCCCCCUGGGCCCCAGCGCUGCUGCCCCACCUGUGCCCAGGCGCUGACUAACUGCACCGAGAGCCUGGUGGGGGCUGAGCUGGCCCCACCUGACCCCUGUUACACCUGCCAGUGCCAGGACCUGACCUGGCUCUGCGUGCACCAGGCCUGUCCUGAACUCAGCUGCCCCCGCUCAGAGCGCCAGACCCCCCCAGGCAGCUGCUGUCCUGUGUGCUCUGAAUGCGUGCUGGAGCCUGGCCACAGAAGGGUGGCAGAUGGGGAGAGCUGGCGGGACCCCCACGACGCCUGCCUUGCUUGCAUGUGCAAUCGGGGCCACGUCGAGUGCCGCAGGGAGGAGUGCCAAGCCCUGGACUGUCCGAGGGGAUGGGCGAAGAAGCGGGAAGCUGGCAGCUGUUGUGAGCAAUGCCAAGUCCCAGCUCAGUCCUGCCUGCACCAGGGCCGGGAGGUGCCCUCCGGGGAGCACUGGGUGGUGGACGCCUGCACUAGCUGCUCCUGCGUGGCCGGUACCGUGCGCUGCCAGAGCCAGCGCUGCCCGCCGCUCACCUGUGGCCCCGACGAUGCUCCCUCCCUGAGUCCCGGCAGCUGCUGCCCCCGCUGCCUGCCGCGGCCCGCUUCCUGCAUGGCCUUCGGAGACCCCCAUUAUCGCACCUUCGACGGCCGCCUGCUGCACUUCCAGGGCAGCUGCAGCUACGUGCUGGCCAAGGACUGCGGCGGAGGCGACUUCAGCGUGCAGGUGACCAAUGACGGCCGGGGCCGGAGCGGCGUGUCCUGGACCCAGGAGGUGACGGUGCUGCUGGGGGACGUGGCCGUCGGGCUGCUGCAAGGCGGCGCGGUCACGGUAGAAGGUCAGCCGGUGGCCUUGCCCUUCCUGCGGGAGCCGCUGCUGUUCGUGGAGCUGAGGGGGCGCACUGUGAUCCUCCACGCCCAGCCUGGGCUCCAGGUGCUGUGGGACGGGCAGUCCCAGGUGGAGGUGAGAGUGCCUGGCUCCUACCGGGGCCAGAUCUGUGGGCUCUGCGGGAACUUCAAUGGCUUCGCCCAGGAUGACCUGCAGAACCCGCGGGGGCAGACGGUCCGCACGGCGGCUGCGUUUGGGAACAGUUGGCAGGUCCCCGAGGGGCCGGGACCUGGCCGAGCCUGUUCCAGGGGCCGAGAGGUGGAUCCGUGCCGGGCCGCGGGUUACCGGGCCCGGCGCGAGGCCAACGCCCGCUGUGCAGUGCUCAAGUCAGCCCCGUUCGGCCGCUGUCACGCCGUGGUGCCCCCUGAGCCCUUCUUUGCUGCCUGCGUGUAUGACCUCUGCGCCUGCGGCCCUGGGGCCCCGGCUGACGCCUGUCUCUGUGCUGCCCUGGCGGCCUAUGCCAGCCACUGUCGCCAGGCGGGGGUGACACCGGCCUGGAGGGGCCCCACGCUCUGUGCGAUGGGCUGCCCCCUGGACCGAGGCUUCCUGUUUGACGAAUGCGGCCCGCCGUGCCCCCGCACCUGCUUCAACCGGCACGUGCCCCUGGGCGAGCUGGAGGCCCACUGCGUCAGGCCCUGUGUGCCCGGCUGCCAGUGCCCAGCCGGCCUGGUGGAGCACGAGGCCCGCUGCAUCCCGCCCGAGGCCUGCCCCCCGGUGCUCGUCUCCGAGGACCCGCCCCCCGGCACCCACCCCGAAGCCCCGGGAAAGGCACCCUGAACCUCCCAGCCCCGGCGGGAUUCGUGUGGUCAGUCGUGUCCACUGCAGGACA